GAUACUGACGCGUGGACAGGCCUGCCGCUCGCGUGCCGAGUUUGCGCUGUAUCGGAGGAGCGCCCGCCGCCAAAAGAGUUCAUCGUUCUUUAGAAAUCGCCCUGCUGUCAUCGCUGUAGUGCCGUGCAGAAGCCGGCUGCUGGCGGGGUUGCUCCCGACCGACCUGAGCACAUCGCCGCCCCACCGCCGCCUGCUCCCAGCGCGUGCCGCCCCAGCCUUCCUGCCCCGCGCCCCGGCCGCAUGCUCCACCAGGCAAGGCCGCUGACGUGUACCCGCCAGCAGUGUCUUGGGGCGAACACUCGGCAGCAGCCGCGCAGGCAGCGGCGCCGCAUGCCCGUGGCAUCCAUGGGCGGCGGCGGGCACAGCCUGUACAUAGGCGUGGAUGUGGGCACCCAGUCCACCAAGUGCUGCGUCUACGAGGCCAGCUCCCGUGAGGUGGUGGGCCGCGGCUCCGUGGGCUACUCCCUCGCCUCGCACCGCCCCGGCCAGGCCGAGCAGCACCCGGCGACGUGGAUCGAGGCCUGCAUAGACUCGAUCCAGGAUGCGCUGGCCGAGGCGGGCGGCGGCGGCGGCAGCCCGGCGGCGGCGCGGGUCAAGGCCAUCGGGGUGUCUGGGCAGCAGCACGGGCUGGUGGCGCUGGAUGCCGACGGCCACGUCAUCCGGCCAGCAAAGCUGUGGUGUGAUCUGGAGAGCGCCGAGGAGGCGGAGGAACUGUCUCGGCUGUACGGAUCCACGCUGGUGCCCGCCUUCACAGCCUCCAAGCUGCUGUGGAUGAAGCGGCGGGAGCCGGAGAGCUGGGCGCGGCUGGCCCACGUGCUGCUGCCACACGACUAUGUCAACUGGUGGCUGAUCGGCCGGUUUUGUAUGGAGGCAUCUGAUGCCAGCGGCACGGGCCUGCUGGAUGCCGCGGCGCGCGCCUGGGACCGCCAGCGCAUCGCUCAGCUGGAUACCGAGCGGCUGCCUGGCAGCCUGCCGGAGCUGAUUGGGCCCCAGGAGGUGGUGGGCACGUUGCGACCCGAGGUGGCAGCGCAGCUGGGACUGCCGGGAGAUGUGCAAGUGGCGCCGGGCGGCGGCGACAACGCCAUGAGCGCCCUGGGGGCUGGCGCCGUGCGGGAGGGCAGCUGGGUGCUCAGCCUGGGCACCUCGGGCACGCUGUUUGGCCCCAGCGGCAAGCCUGUGCUGGACCCGACGGGGACCAUCUGCCCCUUCUGCGACGCCGCUGGCGCCUGGCUGCCGCUGCUAUGCACCCUGAAUUGCACAGGGGUGGCAGAGGAGGUGCGGCACUCGUUUGGGAUGAGCCACGAGGACAUCACGGCGGCGGCCGCCACCGAGCCCAUCGGCUGCUCCGGGGUCACCUUCCUGCCCUACCUGGCGGGAGAGCGCACACCCAACUGGCCGCACGCGACGGGGGGCGUGCUGGGCCUGCGCCCCGGCCUUAUCCGCCCUGGCCUGCUCUAUCGGGCAGCUAUGGAGGGGGCCACCUUCAGCCUGGUGGCGGGCAUGCAGCGCAUGCAAGACUUUGGGGUGGCCGCCACGGAGCUGCUGGUGGUGGGCGGCGGCAGCAAGAACAGGCUGUGGCGGCGCAUCGUGGCGGACGCUUUCCAGCUGCCGCUGCGCUUCCCAGCCGACCCAGAGGCUGCGGCGUUGGGGGCGGCGCUGCAGGCGGCGGCGGUGCACACAGGCACACCCAUAGCGCAGUAUGUCGCAGAGCACCCGCCGCCCAUGGGUACGCCAGGCAGUGGGGCAGCGGGGCUUGCUCCCGCCCAUCGUGUGCGUGUGUGCUUGAGCUGA